AUGACCAUAACACUCAUUUCUAGCCCACCAAGCGUAAUUACACACGAAGAAGCAACCCAGCUACGCGAGAACCCUUCAUUAUCUACAAGUUUUGGUGGCAAUGAAGCAGAUAUACCUGACAUAGUUCGAUAUACACAACAUAAUGUUCGGUGUUUAGUGACACCAUAUCCUGGAGGUGGCAGUGGUGGAAAGGGUUCGUUAAUAGUGACAGAAAGCAAAUUAUAUUUUUACUCGAAUGAAGCAAAAACCGGUAUAGCCAUCGACUAUCCCGACAUAAUUCUACACGCUAUAUCGCGACAACCGGAGCCUGAAGGAUCUGGACCAUGUAUUUACAUACAAUUAGAAGAACUAAUACGAUUUGAUCAUUUAGACGCGAUAUUUGAAGCGUUAUCUGAGUGCGCAGCGUUACAUCCCGAUAAAGAAUUUAUGCAAGAGGAGGAAUACGACGAAGAGGUCGACAAUGAAGAUGAUGAGCAACAGCAUGACGAUAAUGAGCCACAAUGGUUUACCGCUGAAUCACAGAAUAGUAAGCAACCGCAGCAAGAAUUGAGUGAACAUGGCAGGAAUGUAUUGGAAAAUAUUACAAUCGUUGAAACCCCUACUGGAGCAGCGCAUCUACCACAAUCAGCUGAUAUUGACGAAGAAAAGUUUCAGGAUGCAGACGAAGAUGAAAAAAUGUCACGUUAA